AUGCUCUGUACUGAUGGAGUUGAGAUGAUGAAGAAUCUGCUGAAGAUGGAUGUAUCAAAUCCUGAACGUGGACAUGUUAUUGAGAUUAGUAGAGAUAUGCCAGUCCUGGAGAAGGGGUCUGGUGGGAGUAAAAUUUGUGGGGGAGCACCAUGUGGAUUCUCAGAUGCCAAGUCCAGUUCUAAGGAUGCAAAAGAACGUUCAACAUCCAUGAGGAAACUUCUUAUCGCAGUUGUACUCUGCAUCCUGUUUAUGAGUGUAGAAGUUGCUGGAGGUAUUAAAGCCAACAGUCUUGCAAUUUUGACUGAUGCUGCCCAUUUGUUAUCAGAUGUUGCAGCUUUUGCGAUCUCUUUGUUCUCCCUGUGGGCAUCAGGAUGGGAAGCUACUCCACGUCAAUCUUAUGGUUUUUUCAGGAUUGAGAUACUCGGGGCAUUGGUUUCCAUCCAGAUGAUAUGGCUUCUUGCUGGAAUCCUCGUUUAUGAAGCCAUUGCUAGACUGAUCAACGGUACAGGUGAAGUUCAGGGCUUUCUUAUGUUUUUGGUUUCUGCUUUUGGUUUGGUGGUUAAUGUGGUCAUGGCUCUCUUGCUGGGCCACGAUCAUGGUCAUGGCCAUGGCCAUGGUCACGAUCAUGGACAUGAUGGGCAUGAGCAUGGCCAAGAUGGUCAUGAUCAUAGCCAUGAAGAUGAUGAUGAUGUAAUGCACAGCCAAGAUGUAACCAUCACUACGCAUCAUCACCAUCAUGUGGGACACUCUAAACAUGAAGGGCACCACGAUGCAGAUAUCAUUGAUCCACUUCUAGGUGGAAGUCUUCCUAAAGGUGGAGUUAAACAGAAGAAGCAUAGGAAUAUAAAUAUCCAGGGGGCUUAUCUUCAUGUCUUAGGGGAUUCCAUUCAAAGCAUCGGGGUGAUGAUUGGUGGGGCUAUUAUAUGGUAUAAACCUGAUUGGAAGAUCAUUGAUUUGAUAUGCACACUGAUCUUUUCUGUUAUUGUGCUUGGCACAACUAUCAAGAUGCUACGGAAUAUUUUGGAGGUUCUGAUGGAGAGCACACCUCGAGAGAUUGAUGCAACAAGGCUGGAAAAGGGUCUCUGUGAGAUGGACGAUGUAAUUGCAAUUCACGAAUUGCAUAUAUGGGCAAUUACUGUAGGAAAAGUAUUAUUAGCUUGCCAUGUCAAAAUUAAACCCGAGGCUGAUGCUGACUUGGUGCUGGACAAGGUCAUUGAGUAUAUCAGGACUGAAUACAACAUAAGUCACAUAACUAUUCAGAUAGAAAGAGAGUAG